ACUUUUAAUUUUUGACAGCAUAGCAUAUAUUUUAUCAUCUUAAAUAAUUUGGAAUUAUUUAUUUUUACAAUCGAAAUUAUAUAUUGCUGCAACUAAAUAUAAAUAUAAAAAAAUUUUACCCACCGAAUUUUUUUACAAUAAAAAAAUGCUUCCGUCUAGCUCGAGAGGGACCGUUUACAUCAAUCCAAAUUUUAAAACAACUCAUAUCAAUCCAAAGUUUUUAAGAAAUGGUGUACCAAAUUCAAUUCAUAUCAACCCAGCAUUUUUGGAGAAACAGCAAACUGAACUAUCAGAAGAUUGCAACGCGGAUAGUUUACCCUUUGAAGAAACAUUAUCUAAUCAUACAGAUAAUAUUAUUCUAAAGAGUUCAAAAAAUAGUCAAGAUUAUGUCAAAAAUACUGAAGCAAAAAUCAUACCAAAAUCAAGGACAAAAUUAAUUAGGAAAUCCAAUAAUACUGCAACCGCAGAUAAAUUAAAGAUAUCAGUUGCCAAUACUGAAAGUAGUGGAAAAUUAUUAAAAAUUGGACUUCGAAAACUAAUUAGAUCUGAAAUAAAAGAGAAACCUGUUAUUGUGAUUAAUAAUUUCUCAAAGCAAAAUUUACAAAAACUUAAUCUCAAAAGCAAAAGUGUAGAUAUUUCUAGUGCAAUUAAAUUAAAAGACUCUACGCAAAAAUAUAAGAUUGAUAGAAGAAUAAUUAUAAAGCCGUCGAAGUUUUUGAAUGUAAUUAAAAAGAAGUCCUUCGUGUCACAAUUUGCUUUGUGUCGUAAUAACAUGAAGUUAACUCCAAAGAAAGUAGCUAUAGCGCAGGAUAAUAUUUUUAAAAAGAUAUUACCAAAAGGAAAUAAUAUUUUAUCUGCUAAUUUGAAAUUGGAGUUAUUAAAUAUUAACGGGGUUUUGUAUAAAUCCACAAGAACGAAAUUGCAGCGUAGUACAGCUAAUGAGAAACGAAGCGUGGAUUCCCAAAAACCAUAUUCUAAUGUUGGAAAAGAAUCAAAUGGUGACAGAGUAUUAUUUGUACGUGGCAAUAAAUUUGUUCUCGAUAAAUCUGGUUUAAAACUUACAAAAAUUCAACCAAAAGAUAUUGCGAUUGAACAAGGAAAUAUAUUGAGGAACAAAAUGAAGAGAAUUGAUAUAGGCGGAUUAACUUAUGUGGCUAAAUCUAAUAAUGUUUUUAUUAGAACUGAUAGACAUGUUACUAGGAAUUAUAUAAGUACAACAAAGCAAAGAAGUAUUAAUACUUUGCAUAACCGAAUGGUUAAAACAAAUAUACCAUGUCCAAUUUAUCGCAAAAUUGGAAGAUGUGGUUCAUUUGAAAAAGGAAAAUGUCCAAAAGUACACGAAAAAGAACAUGUAGCAAUUUGUUCAAAAUUUUUAAAAGGCGAAUGUACAAAUGUUAAUUGCUUAUUGUCACAUAAUGUUAAUUUCUCAAAAAUGCCGGUUUGCAAGUUCUUUUUGCAAGGGUGCUGUGUUAAAGAAGACUGUCCUUAUCUCCAUAGAAAAAUGGGGAAAUCGGUUGAAAUAUGCUCAGAGUUUUUAAAAGGUUUCUGUAUUUUAGCCGAAAAGUGUUCAAAGAGGCAUGAGUUUUUGUGUCCGGAUUAUGAAAGUAAAGGGAAAUGUGAAAAAAUUAAAUGCAUGUUUUGUAAAAAACGUGUUAAAGAAAAUAUUGUUAAAGGAGUAAAAUCAAUUAGAAAUGAAAAAGAAGAAAAGAUAAUUAAAUUAGAAGAAAAGGAAAGUGAAGAAAUUUCUAAAAAUAGUGAAUUAGGUCGAUAUUUCAUUGAACAAAAUGAAAAAAGGAAUACUAGUUGUCCAAAUUUAGACUACAAAACUGGAUCGUAUGAAUCAUCUUUAUCUUGUAGUGAUGUAAGUGAUACCGAAAAAGAGGAAGAUGUAGAAACCAAAGGUUUGAAGCGCCCAAAAUUAGGAAUACUUCCUGCUUACAUACCAUUAUGAUAAUUCUAAUACAUAUUUAAUAAAUAUUUGAGAUAACAUAAUAAAGUGUUCAAUUUGAUGAGAUUUAUUUUUGUGGUCUGUGAUCAAUUUCGAUAUCGAGAGCAGUAAGGUAGGUAGUAUUUUUGCAAAAGUUAAUUUAUAUAUGGAAUAAUAUAUUUU